UGUGGAAGGGUGCUACCAUCUCACGCAUGAACUCACACUCCAGCUGAACUCUAACAUCCAAAGACCAGGAUUACAUUUUACAGGGCCAUGCCAGGACAGAGGCAGGGCUGCUGGAGUUGGAAGCUCCUGGUCAUCUUCAGCCUCCUCGGCCUCACUGAAGAGUUCGAGGUGAAAGAAGAUGAGUGGGAGGAGCUCGGCUCUGACAUCGCUGCACUGCAUCGACUCCAAGGACUAUCUGAACACAUGUUUGAUGAAAGCUUUAUGAACACCUCAACAACCAGGGGAAACGACUACCACCAAUCACGAUUUGGAAGAUAUGUGAAAAGGCUGGACACUGAAGAAAACCCACUAACUUUGCUGGAUGGAUUUCAGGACUGUGAAAACGUCACAGCUCAUGUCAUUACGAAGGAGAAGGACUUUAACACCUUCUUGGCACAUAUCGAGAAACAGAAGGUACAAGACUGGCUGCUGGGUGCUUCAGAGAUCUCACACAGCUACAACCAAAAGCUUCUGAUCAUGACCGACACAGAGAAAUCCACCAGUGACAGAGUCCAGCAGGAAUACAGCAAGGAUCCUCAUUACUCCGUGAAAGUCACCAAGGACUGCCUGUUCAACGACUCCUGUGUACCAGCAGCAGACGGCUACACUGUGGUCAAAAUAUUUGGAAGUGUUUCAGAAGAUGGACAAACUGUGUCUGGACUUGAUGGAGCUUCACUUGCAAAGCUGAUGUUGAAACCAUCUCUGGAAGCGGCUCCAGUUUUCUCUCUCGAUGGAAACACAACCACACAGUUCCACCAGAACUUCAUUCGGGUUUUUAUGCUCCGUGGCCUCCAAACAGUCUUAGAAACCAACCAGAACAAUCAGCAGAUUUACCAGGUGAUGGAUCGACCUGACUCCGUUUCCAGCUACAAAAUCCCACAAAGACCAGCUGAUCACAGCACACAGUAUGACCACCAGCAGAUUAUAAUUAUGGAAAAUGACCCUGUGGUCAGAAGAGCUGCUGAAUAUUUGUAUGAGAAACAUCCAGCAGUUAGUUCUGUCUAUGUUCUUGAUGAAAACCAAAGACCCAAACUGAUCCACGGUGGACCAGUGUCUCUGUCAGAGGACAGCAGACUGGUGCUGGUAGGUCAUGGUAAAAGAGACAACGCAGGAGAAAUGAGACUGUCUGGAUACAGUUCUGGAGAUGUGGCACAAAUCAUCGAAAGGACAAACAGAGGCAGCGAUAAAAUCAAAACAACGAGUGUGGUGGCCUGUGAGGUUGGAUCAGACCAACGAUUCAUGGAAACUCUGCUGAGGGACCUCCAUGAAAAUAACAUCAAGACAGAGCUUCAUGUGAGGGACACUCUCGUCCAAGUCACACACAUAGGAAAGAAAAUCACUCAGGAAAUCUCUCCAGAGGGGCUGCAAUGGAGACAUAAAGACAACAGCAAGAAAGUGGUGGCAAUACUUGAUCGCAACGGAGAUGUAAUAAUGAGAAACGAGCCUGGAAGUAAAGGAGAGGCUGUUUUUACCAAUGAAAGAAACUUUCUGGGUUACAAAUCAAACCUGGGAAAGAAAACAAAGGUGCAAAAUAACUAUUUGGAACCCCGCAGAGACAACAGCUUCAAGGCAAAAUCUCCUAGAAAAGAUCGGCACAAAAAAGAACAGAAAGUCAAACAAUGGUAUAAAGACCAGGACAUGAAGGCACCAAUACCAAAUAAGAAUUUGCAGAAGUACAGAGACAGCUGGCCAGAUGAACCAAGAAACUUUAUUAAUCAAGCUGUAUUUAAGGAUCUUGAUCAGAACAAAGUUUUGGAUGUGAAAUUUGCCAUUCAUGAACUUGAAGCUGUCACUUGGGCACUGUUUCAUUCCAAUGACCCCCCAUAUCUAAAGAAAAUCAAAUUUAACAGCCCAGAACAAUUUAUUAUAGGAAAAAAAGAUAAAUAUAAUGUUCAUGUAAGGUGGAUAAAUGAAGAAGGAGAAAAAAAAGAAGUCCUUGAAAACUGUUAUGAAAUCAGAUCAGGUGAAGAUAUUAAAAAUAUAAUUUAUCACUUUGCAAAGAAUGGAGAAGAUCAGUCCAAAUACCUGAUGAUCAAUCAGUGGAUAUAUGACGUUUAUCCUGAAAAUUUGUAUGUAUUUCCAGUUGGAAAAAAGCUUAGCAACGAACAAAUAAAAAGUGAAGAUCUAGUUAUUGAAUUUAAGGAGAGUAUUGAGAAACAGGUGGGUGAACACAGCUAUCCAAGUAUACGAAAAAAUAUUAUAAAAGAUGAAAUGAGCGAUAAACAAAAAAAUAUUGUAAAAGAAGAUUAUGCGAAAUAUGUGAAAGGGCUUUUCCUUCGGGAGGGCCCACCUAGACAACCUAUUCUCACUGAGGCCUGGUACACCACAUAUUUUACAGCAUCAGUUAUAUCUGAAUCUGCCAGAAAUUUCCGGACUUUUCCACUGACUCUUAUGGCCCUGCAUAUGGCUUGUAGCAAAGAAAGCAACAUCAAUAUCCGACAGGCAGGACUGGAUUUCCUUUUUGACAAUCAUCCAAUGACAAGAGGAGGCAGUUGGAUUGACCCGAGCAGACGAGGAUUCGCAGGCUCAGCAACACAUGAAGAUUCCAGCAAAACAAAAAGUAAGGCGAAACUAUUGACUGACCUUAAAAAACUCAUAAUGCUAGAAUAUGACUUAUUUUCCAAGUAUACUGAGUGGCAGAGAACUGGUCUAAAAAAUAAGAAAAACAACAUGAAACUAAAUAUAAUGAAACAGAUGCUUGAACUUGCAAAUGAAAACAAUAUACUUGAAUAUUCAAAAAACAAAUCCAUUAAACGGAAAUACAAUGAUUUCAAAAGGAAAACUAAAAAUGUUGGCCAACCCUUAACAACAUCCAGAGAUGACAGAACACCUUCCACAUCUGGACCACUGGGGGGCUAUGAUGAUGGCCAACCAACAAUGCGAGACCUGAAUUCAGCCUCAGAAUUAGAAAAUACCUUCAAACAUGAAUCUUAUUUCUCGAGAGCAUCUGCAUCGUUGGCUGAAGACGUCCAUGCUGCACUACAGCACAAAUAUGGUGAAACUCUGGCAGGAAUGCACCUUCAGGAGGGAACAGCCCGAAUAGAAAACGGACAGUUUGUAUGUAAGCUCGUGUCAGAGAGAGCUGGUGCUGAGCCCGAGGAGUUCAGGGCUGAUUUAUCUCCACAGAGUCAACAUUACAGUGAAAAGAUGUUGGAGAACAUUGAGACAUCAGUGCAUGAGAUGGAGCAGCACAGUUCAGCAGCCUCCCAUCAGGUCAACAAGUAUGUAGAGAGGACUGGAACUGCUGUUGGAGCUCUGGGUCUCAUGCUGGGACUGAAAGGAGCUGCUCGUGCCUUUGAAGAGGGAAACAUCAAAGAUGGUGUGGUGGGGUCUUUGCAGACGGCUCAUGGAGUGACGGCUAUGACAACAUCUGCUAUUGCAAGCAAAGCUUUGACCUCAGAGUCAAGAAUCGCAAAAGCAAUCAUGAGGAGUCCUGCAAUGAAGCGUUUUAUGACAGUUAUACCAAUAGUGGGAAUUGGAUUUGGGAUCUACAAUAUAGAACAAGAUUUGGAGAGAGGAGAUGCUCUGGGAUACAUUGAUGCUGCGUUAGAUAUUGGAAUAGUUGAGUUAGAUAUUGUUGAGCUUGUUCAGCCUGAACUGGCACCUUUCAUCGCACCUAUAACUCUGGCUCUAUCAGUAGAGCGGAUGGCCAUUGAUGAUGUUUAUAUGGGCAUCCAGAAUGAACUGAAGAGCCUCCCAGCGGACGCUGGAGUUUUGGACAAAAUAGCUGCUGUUUUUGUUGGCUUUGGAAAAGGGAUCAUGCACUUUGCUAUACAUGUGGCUAGUGUGUUUUAUGACUGGCGUUAUGAUGAAAUUGAGGAGGGACGAAAACUUGUUGCAAAGAUCUCAGAUUAUCACCAAUAUUAUAAAGUCACAAAGCAACAGGAUGGAACGACUGCCAUUGAUUUUACUGCUGGCGCCUCCUCCUGGAAUGGAGGAGGUAUUAACUUCUGCCUCGCUGAUGAGGGUCAGUCUGAGCUCUGCAUGGACUAUUUUGUUUCUCGUGAUGAGAGUCCAAGAAGACAAUGCUGGAACAUUAGCACAGAUGGAAGCAAAGAUAUAAUUCUUGGUCUGGGAGAGUCACAUGGAUUAGAGCACAAAACAUAUGAAAAAAAAGUACUUAUAUUUAUACCAGCUGGAUCUGUGACAGUGGUUUCAGGUUAUGAAACUCUUACCAAUUCAAGGUACGGGACAUACAGGGGAAACAGAGACUCUAAUCGAUUUUUUGCAGUUCAGAAAUCACAGGACGAACACAUGAUUGAAGUCAUGUUGAGCUACUAUUACAGACUUCAUGGGGAACCAGGGGAUGACACAUUCUUCCUCGGUCCACAGAGAAGUUAUGUUGAAGGCUCAGGAGGAAGGGACACCUACAUCAUUCCUGAGAAUGGAGGGAAAACGAUCAUUAACAACUACGAUCCCUACAGAGCACAAGACACUCUGCAUUUCAGUGUCGACUACAGCCACAUUUCUGUGUCUAAAUCAGGAAACGAUGUUGUGCUGACGUAUGAGGGCAGUCAUACUGUAAGAAUACAAAACUGGUUUUUAGGAGAAGAUUAUCGUCACAUGAACAUGAUGUCAGGAGACGGAGUCUUAUUUGAGAUUUCCUCCACGGUGGUUUCUUCAGUUCAGCUGGUGGCCAGAGGAAUUAACAAGAUGUUUGAGAAACACGGUGCAGCUGUUGAUGCAUCACAGCCACUAUUACGCACAGUUACAAACAUCUUUGGGUCUCAGUAUAAUGAUGAACUCAUUGGAAAUGGAGAAAGGAACCUGAUAGAUGGGGGAGGAGGGCAAGAUCUUCUGAUUGGUGAUGAAGGAGAAGACAUUUACAUGGUGAAAGGCAGAAACUUUUCCUCUGUGCUCAUUGAAAAUUACUCCAGAGACGAGAAAACUGACCUGGCCAUCGUAGAAGCAAAUCUUCAUACGUUUGGAGUCAGGGUAGAACGUGAUGAUGUUCAUCUGUUGGCUCACCAUGGCAGCACAGUGUUUGAUGUUACUGUAGUGAACUGGUUCAGGUCAUCAGCACACAGACACUUGCUGUUCAUCACAAAGGAUCUGAUCACCUUCACAGUGUCAGAUAACAAAGCUGACUGCCUGCAGAGGAACAUCACCACAUGUAUAAAGAGCCUCAGCAUUGACUACAGCAGCUCCCCGUCUCCUCUGAGGGUGGACCUUGAGAAGAAUGAUGCUUUGGACAGCGUGACAGAGGUCCGCGGGUCAAACUAUAACGAUGUCAUCAAAGGAAACAAAGAACACAACGUUCUUGUCCCUGGAUUAGGAGAUGAUUUCAUUGAGGGGAGAGGAGGAGAGGACUGGUACGUUAUCACAGCAGGACAAGGAGUGAAAACCAUCAACAAUCUAUCACCAGAUCUAACCUUGGACCUGCUCUUCCUUAAAGAACAAUAUCAGGAUAUAACAUGUAGAUGUGAAGGUCAGAGCAUCAUCAUUCGGGUACACGGCAGAAGAACUGUUAUUUUACAGAACUGGUUUAAAUCAAAGAAAUAUCAGCACCUGCAGAUCAAGACCAGUGAUGGAGUAACAGCUGAACUGAAGCCCAACAUCAGCAGCUGUGGAUGGGAUUUAAUGCUGCCUUUAACCAUCGACUACAGAAACCUGAGUCCUGAACCACUUCCAGUAAACUAUGACAAUCUAUGCAUGUAUUUUUAUAAAAAGAUAGUUUACUCAGAUCAAAAAGCAAGGAUUUAUUUUGAUAGAGGCAACUGCAUGCACUGGGGGAAAGUGAUGAUUAUGAAUGAUGUUGAAUCAGUGAAAGAAAUGUACGGCUCCUCAGGAUUUGACAUCAUGGUUGGAAACAGCAAUGAGAAUUUACUGGAUCCACACACCGGGGGGGCACUGAUGAUAGGAGGGGAAGGCAAAGACACUUACAUAAUCAAACAUGGGGAUGAAAACAUGGUAAUCAUUGAUAACUUUGCAGAAGAUCAGAAAACUGACACUGUGCUGGUAGAUAUGGAUUUCCUUGAUGGAAGUCGAGUCAUACUGGACUCAACAGUUUUAAUGGAACCAACAAGAAAUGAUGUUCAUGUUAGAAUCAUGAAAAAUGAGGAAAGAUUAGAAUUCAUUCUCCGUAAUUAUGCUAAUGGUGAAAAACAUCAGCAUCUAGAAUUUCAGAGCUCUGAUGGCGUCCAUUUCAAACUCAAGUCUCUAAACUCAGCUGGAGACGACUCUUUCUAUCAGGUAGAAGCUUUCAAAGUGACUCUCACACAGUCUCAGGUGGACUGUCGUUUGGACCUCAGCGCUCAGAGAAAUCUGUCAGAGGUUCACACAGUGCAAGGCUGCCCCUCCCAGUCGAAUGUUAUAAUAGGCAACAACCGAGACAACGCUCUGAUUGGUGGGUGGAAGGACGACGCCUUGGAUGGAGGUGAUGGAGAUGACACGCUGGUAGGAGGAAAUGGAGCUGACAUCCUGAUUGGUGGGAGAGGAGACGACACUCUUUAUGGUGAAGAUGGAAAUGACACACUGAUGGGAAACUCUGGCCGGGACGUCUUCCUUCCUGGACCAGGAGCUGAUCUGGUGGACGGAGGUCCAGGCAGAGACUCGGUUCUCUAUCGGGGUGAUCAUGAGAAGGGUGAAGGGGUUUAUGUUAACCUGCUGACGGGCCAAGGCCACCAUGCUGACGCUGAGGGCGACGUGUUGAAGGAUGUGGAAACUGUGGUCGGCACCAUCUAUUCGGACAUCUUAGUCUCUGGUUAUGAAAGUUCUCUUCUCAAAGGCUCAGAUGGUAACGACAUCUUGGUGUCCACCGGUGGAGAUUAUCUGGUUGGAGGUGAUGGAAAUGACAUUUACAUGUUCACUUUCAGCAACGGCUCAGUCACCAUAGACAACUGUGCAACAGACAACGCCACAGAUGUUUUGUACCUGAGCUCAAACUCAAGUCCAGAGUUUGAUUGCCAACUAUUAUCUGACCGAGUCCUGCUGACCUUCUUUGGAUUCGAUCAAUCAACUGUAAAAAUUGCACUGCGAGGCUGGAUUAGUGAUGAUGAUGAAUGUGGCCAUUUGGUGCUGGUGUUCAGGGAGGUGGAGGCGUCGGUGGACAUGCUGCUGCAAGAGUGCCAGUAUAGAAAGAAGGAAUCACUUUGGUCAUCGAUCAUAACCUGGGCUAUCUGCAUCACUCUUCUUGUCUUCCACUUGGCUUUUGCUUUACAAGGGUCUCGAAAAUUAAUCAGAAAAGCACAAAAACAAAAAAGACAAAAAGAAGAUGAAACUAAUGUUGAAGCAGAGUCAGCACCAACAGUAAUGUAGACUGCUGCUGCUGCAGGUCACACAUUCUUUAAAUAUGUGAUUUCACAAAUAAGUUCUUUUUAUACUUAUAAUUAUACUCACUUUGCUAGUUACUCUAAAUGUUGAGCUAAUCAUGAGUAUUCUUGCUUUCUAAAGUCUAAAUCUGUCACGUUUAUUAAUCAACUGCAAACUAAAGGAAAGUUCCUGUAAUCAUAGAUCCUGAAUGUGUCUGGUUCAGUUACCCAGAGUAACCGAGGAGUCGUUCAGCUUCAAACAUCUUUAAAUUACACAAAGUCGACAAACUGUGGACAAACGUGCCAAAUACCAAAGAAAAGAACUGCACUUGGUGUCGUUGGGAUUUACCACCGUGGAUCAUUAGACACUGUGUGAAUUUCACAGCUUGAACAAGCUAGUCGAGUUCUUACCAAACAUGUACCUGACAUAACACUGAUCGUCUUUUAUUGCUUUUAUUUACUGUAACGGCUGCAAAUUUCUGAGCUUAUUCAGAGGUGGAGAGUGUGAGCUGUUUUGUAAUGUGGACUCAUCUCCCCACACCAUUAAAAUUGAUUUUUCAUGCUAUAUAUUUUGUAAUAGUUGAACAAU